AUGUUUCAUGAGUCUGAUGAACUUUCUAACACCAAAACGCUCAAUAUCACUUUGCUAGGCAGUGAUCGUAAGUUUUAAAUAUCCAUCUAUGGCGACACUUCACUUAAAGAACUGAGAUAAUUGUGCGAAUAGAGACAUUAAAUUAGUCUUAGACACUUUAGAGUAUUCACUUAGGACGGAGUGGAACUGUUUAAUGAGGAUCUGAUUUACUUGAAAGACAAUUCUAAAUUGUAUAUAACAAGAGGGGAAGACUUUGAUGCAAAUAUCAUCCAUCAAGAGUAUGAGAUUUUGGAGUAGUUGGGCAAGGGAGGAUUUGGUAAAGUAUUAUUGGGGAGACACAAAGAAACACUCAACUUAGUUGCUAUUAAGUAUGUGAAUACCAGAAACAGAGAUGCAAAUGACAUAGAGUUGGUUUUUAGAGAAGCCUAUUUACUGAAAUCACUUAACCAUAAAAAUAUAGUCAAAUUCUAUAAUUGUUAUCCACUCUCCAACAUGCAAGUUAUUGUUGUUAUGGAGUAUUUGGAAGGCGGUGAUCUCUCCAAAUACACUCAAGGUAUUUAAAUUCUUUAAUGAAGCCAAGGGUCAGUUAUGUGAAGAGGAGGCACGAAUGUAUUUCAGAUAGAUCUGUGAUGCCAUGAUGUAUUGUCAUAAUCGCAAACUCAUCCAUAGGGAUCUCAAACUAGAAAAUCUCAUGUUCGCCAAUAAGAAUGACACAUUGAUUAAGGUCGUUGAUUUCGGUAUUGCUGGUAUGGCUGUCAACAGUAACAUGGAUAAACUAAAUAUCGGAACCAUCAGGUACAUGGCACCAGAAACUCUCCAAGGAAACAACCAAAAGAUAGGUCCACACAUAGAUGUUUGGGCCAUGGGAGUUAUACUCUUUCAUCUCAUCUUCGGUAAGUAUCCUUUUGAUGGAGACUCCAAUUUUGACAUCAUUCAAAAUAUUACAACCAGCAAUUACACUUUUUCCAAAAAGAAUGUCUCUCCCUAUUUGAUUGAUCUAUUAUCCAGAAUUUUCUUAAUUGAUCCGCAAAAAAGAAUCAAACUCUACGACAUCCUCAAUCAUGAAUGGAUGAAAAUCUCAUUUGAAUAAGAAUAUUUUGAAAUGCCUUAGUUUGUACCUAGAACCUAAUUUCGAUUACCAUCUAUUGAGAAUGCAAAGUAACACGUCGGAAAUUAGAAAUAGAAGAAAGUCAAUAGAUCAUUCACUCCUCUAAAAAAGAAUUCUCCUAGAAGAAGAAAUAGUUUCAUCAUAAAAGGAGUUUUAAAGAGAUACCCUUGA